AACAAUGUAUAAUAACACUUUCGCCGCAAGCUAGGGCUUCCCACUCUCGCAACACACUCCGAUUCGAAAAUGGCUGAACGUGGAGGAGAACGCGGCGCCGAGCGAGGUGGAGAUCGUGGAGGUUUCGGACGUGGAUUCGGCGGUCGUGCCGGUGGACGAGGCGGUCCAAGAGGACGUGGUGGAAGACGCGGAGGCCGACCCACUGAGGAGGAGAAGUGGACGCCAGUGACCAAGCUCGGCCGUCUCGUUCAGAGCGGUAAAAUCCAGAAGCUGGAGCAGAUCUACCUCCACUCGCUCCCAGUCAAGGAGUACCAGAUCAUCGAUCUCCUCGUCGGUCCAACUCUCAAAGACGAAGUGAUGAAGAUCAUGCCGGUUCAGAAACAGACCAGAGCCGGUCAGAGGACGAGGUUCAAGGCCUUUGUUGUUGUCGGAGACACGAAUGGGCAUGUUGGUUUGGGUGUGAAGUGCUCUAAGGAGGUGGCUACUGCUAUCAGAGGUGGGAUUAUAUUGGCGAAGCUGUCUGUGAUUCCGGUGAGGAGAGGUUACUGGGGUAACAAGAUUGGGAAGCCUCAUACGGUUCCUUGUAAGGUUACGGGGAAGUGUGGUUCCGUUACGGUGAGGAUGGUGCCUGCUCCGAGAGGUGCUGGUAUCGUGGCCGCUAGGGUUCCUAAGAAGGUUCUUCAGUUCGCUGGGAUUGAUGAUGUUUUCACUUCUUCCAGGGGAUCUACUAAGACUCUUGGAAACUUCGUCAAGGCUACAUUCGACUGCCUCCAGAAGACUUACGGAUUCCUGACACCAGAGUUCUGGAAAGAGACGAGUUUUAAAAAAUCUCCGUAUCAAGAGUACACAGAUCUGUUGGCCGAAAAGGGAACUCCAACUACGAAAGCCAUCACCGAGGCCGAAGACCAAGCCUCCUAAAUAACAAGAAUGUCCUCCCUUUUCUUUUUGGAUUUUAUACUUUCAUGAGUUUAUGCUUAUGCUCGAACCUUUGCUAUUAUUAGUAUAUGUUGCUGGAUUCCAUCUUCUGUUUUCAUCUCUUCUCAAAAUGUUACUUUUGCUCAGUUUUUAAAUUAUGGAUGGUAAUGUUCUAGUUUUUUGCCUCAGUCAGAUCCAGUUUUUUUCACCA